AUGACGAUCUGUACUUAUAACGCACGUACGCUUGCAUCGGAAGCGGCCGUCGAAGAUCUGAUGAUGCAAGCCAAGAAGAUCAAGUACAUCAGUAAUAGAAAAAAGUCUCUUGAUUCGGAAAAAAAACUGCACGAUGUCAUCGGACUGACCGAGACGAGACGACGUCACCCUCUCAACGCCGUAUAUGAAACUGAAGAAGAACUGUUCUUAGGAACAUGCGACAGUAGGGGUGUUGGUGGAGUUGGCGUCCUCGUCAACACGAGUAUGACAAAGAACAUCGACGCUUUUGAACAACUUACGACCCGAAUCGGACGUCUGCGGAUGAGAAGAUGUGGCCCAAUACCAGCUUUGACUAUCUUCGUCGCUUACGCUCCAACAUCAAGCUACGAAGAAGAAGAAGUCGAAGCUUUCUAUAUGGACCUGGAGAAGUUCUACCGAGAAGAUCAUGCCUUGUACAAGGUCAUAAUUGGCGAUUUCAACGCUAAGCCGGCUUUUGGGAAGGACAUCGACGAGGAAUAUGACCGGCUUGUUGAACACCUUCACGACUGCGCGAAGAAGGCUGAGAGUUUUAAAACCACCAAGAGGCGCCUGUCUCUUCAAACUCUUGAGCUGAUACGCCAGCGUGGAGCAGCACGAGCCGCAGGGAACCAAGAACUCACGUCCGAGCUCGCAAGACUUUGCAGAUAG